AUGGGACCAAGGAGCAGAUACACGAUAUUGACCCUAACUCUGCUUUUUGCCUUUUUGGAUUUUGCAGCUUCGUGCAACGACAACGAGUUCCAAUGCACUGGGCAACCGGAAAAGUGCUUACCAACAAUUUGGAUGUGUGAUGGGCGGAAUGACUGCGAUGAUGGGAGUGAUGAGCAUUCGGUUGCUUGUCAUCAGCAUUCGAAAGCCGGACAGGGAUGCCUUGGCGAUCAGCCGGACUGCGUGUAUUUGGGCGUGACGAGGUGUAUAAUGCAUGAAUGGCUGUGUGAUGGGCGGACAGAUUGCGACAACAAUUUUGACGAGGCCAAUUGCACCCAUAUCAAUGUGACGAGCCCGGCUGAAAUGAUGAAAGUGAAGAAAAGUGCGCUACACCUCCAGGCCUCCCCA